GCGGCGGGCUCGUGUCCCGGGCUGGCCGGGAGCCCGGUUGUCAGAGCGACGUGGGCGUCGAAUCGGGGCCGGGCUUGGGGCUUUGGGAUGGCGGCCUCGGGCAGGGGAGUCGGACGCGCUGCCGGCGGGGCCGGGGCGCGGAGCCGGAGCCUGGUGCCCGGAGCCCCGGGCGGGCGCUGGGGACCCCGCCGGGAGCCCUGCCGGGGCUCGCGAGCUGCCCGCUGCUCACCCCUGCCCCUCUCCCCCCCUGCAGGCCGCGCCCGCCGCUCACCGGCCGCCACCAUGGUCUCCAAGUCCGACCAGCUGCUCAUCGUCGUGUCCAUCCUGGAAGGACGCCAUUUCCCCAAACGUCCAAAGCAUGUGCUUGUAGUAGAAGCGAAGUUCGAUGGAGAGCAGUUGGCUACUGAUCCGGUGGAUCACACAGACCAGCCUGAAUUCGCCACUGAGUUAGCCUGGGAAAUUGACCGGAAAGCUCUUCAUCAGCACCGGCUCCAGCGUACUCCUAUCAAACUCCAGUGUUUUGCCUUGGAUUCUUCAUCUUCUGCCAAAGAAAUGAUAGGUUACAUUGUUCUAGACUUAAGAACUGCUCAAGAAACCAAGCAGGCACCAAAAUGGUACCAGUUGCUGAGUAAUAAAUACACCAAGUUUAAGUCAGAAAUACAGAUUAGCAUAGCUUUGGAAACAGAUACAAAGGCACCAGUGGACAGUUUUAAAGCAAAGGGAGCCCCGCCCCGAGAUGGAAAAGUACCGGCCAGCCUGUCUGGACUUGACCCCAAGGACAUUGUGGCAGUGCUGAAUGAGGAGGGCGGCUACCAUCAGAUCGGAGCAGCGGAUCGCUGUACUGACUUCUUCAUUAUGUCAGUGACCAUAGCAUUUGCCACCCAGUUGGAGCAGUUAAUCCCAUGUACCAUGAAACUUCCAGAAAGACAACCUGAGUUUUUCUUUUACUAUUCUUUACUGGGAAAUGAUGUUACAAAUGAACCCUUCAAUGAUUUAAUCAACCCAAACUUUGAGCCAGAACGAGCAUCUGUUCGAAUACGUAGCAGCAUAGAAAUUCUUCGUUUUUAUCUGGCUGUUCAGUCUAAAAUACAGAUCCAUCUCUGCUGUGGAGACCAGUCACUUGGGAGUACAGAAAUACCCCUGACCGGGUUACUAAAGAAGGGAAGUACAGAAAUCAACCAGCAUCCUGUCACAGUGGAGGGUGCUUUUACCCUGGAGCCUCCAAACCGAGCCAAGCAAAAGCUCCCCCCCAUUCCAGUGGAGCUUGCCCCAACUGUGGGAGUCUCUGUGGCUCUGCAGAGGGAAGGCAUAGACUCACAGGCAAGUGGUGAAUUAAAGACCCAGAAUGAACAUGAGCCUCAGCAUUCAAAGAAGAAAGUUUUAACCCCCAUCAAGGAAAAGACACUAAGUGUACCGAAAUCUCCAAGCAUGUCCCCUGUUCUCCCUCAAAACCAGUCACCCCCAACAAAAGAUGAUGCAACAGAAAGUGAAGUGGAAAGCUUAAUGUAUGAUCGAGAAGCAAAACUUAAUCCAAAGGCCAUCAGUUCUGCACCUGCCCCAGUGACUACAUCCAACGUAUCCGAGACAGUAUCGGGACAGAAAAUCGCUGUUCCAGCAACAUCGCAUCAUUUCUGCUUUUCAAUAGACCUAAGGAGCAUCCAUGACUUGGAAGCUGGCUUUCCCAUCAACUGUAUAUUAAGGUAUUCAUAUCCAUUCUUUGGAAGUGCAGCUCCUAUUAUGACUAAUCCUCCUGUAGAAGUCCGGAAAAACAUGGAAGUUUUUCUGCCUCAGUCUUACUGUGCAUUUGAUUUUGCAACUAUGCCUUACCAGUUGCAAGAUACCUUUUCAAGAAUUCCAUUGCUGGUUGAAUUAUGGCACAAGGAUAAAAUGAGUAAAGAUUUGCUUCUCGGAAUUGCCAGAAUCCAGCUUUCCAACGUCCUGUCUUCAGAAAAAACUCGGUUUUUAGGUUCCAGUGGUGAACAGUGUUGGCGUCAAACUUACAGUGAAAGUGUGCCAGUUAUAUCGGCACAAGGGACAAAUAACAGGAUAGUAGAUCUUUCUUACACAGUGACUCUUGAAGACUAUGGAUUAGUGAAAAUGCGUGAGGUUUUUGUCUCUGAUUCAUCUCAGGGUUUAUGUCCUGUACAGCAGAAGCCUUUUUCUCUUCCCCCAGCACCUUGUCCUUCAGAGAUCCAGACAGAGCCACGUGAUACCUUAGAAUACAAAGCAGCACUUGAACUAGAAAUGUGGAAAGAGAUGCAAGAAGACAUUUUUGAAAAUCAGCUAAAGCAGAAAGAACUGGCUCAUAUGCAGGCUCUUGCAGAGGAGUGGAAGAAAAGGGACCGGGAAAGAGAGUCGAUAGUAAAGAAAAAGGUGGGUGAAUAUACUGUUCUUGAGGGAAAACUUCAAAAAACCCUGAUUGACUUAGAGAAACGGGAGCAGCAGCUUGCCAGUGCAGAAGCGGAGCUUCAAAGAGAACGAAAGGAAGUGAAGUCAGAACGUGAGCGGAAUUUGCAAGAGCUUCAGGAUGCUAUCCGCAGGGCAAAAGAAGAUUGCGUCCACCAAGUGGAACUAGAGAAACUCAAGAUCAAGCAGUUAGAAGAGGACAGACAUCGACUUCAGAAGCAGCUAAAUGAUGCUGAAAAUAAAUAUAAGAUUUUGGAAAAGGAAUAUCAUCAGUUCAAGGAUCAGCAAAGCAAUAAGCCAGAAAUCCGCCUGCAGUCGGAAAUAAAUCUUCUCACCCUGGAAAAGGUUGAACUUGAAAGAAAGUUGGAAUCUGCAACUAAGUCUAAACUACAUUACAAGCAGCAAUGGGGACGAGCUUUGAAAGAACUUGCCAGACUUAAACAGAGGGAACAGGAAAGUCAAAUGGCUCGUCUUAAAAAACAGCAAGAAGAGUUAGAACAGAUGAGACUACGGUACUUGGCUGCGGAGGAGAAAGAUACUCUGAAAACCGAGCGACAAGAGUUGUUGGAUAUAAGAAAUGAACUGAACAGGUUAAGGCAACAAGAACAAAAACAGUACCCAGAUUCCAGAGAGAUUGCGAGUGGAAAAACGGAGGGCCCACAUAGCAGCGCCCUGGAAGAAGGCUUGGACGAUUACUUGACUCGCCUAAUAGAAGAAAGGGAUACUUUGAUGAGGACGGGUGUGUAUAAUCACGAAGAUCGAAUCAUAAGUGAACUCGACCGACAGAUUAGAGAGGUUUUGGCAAAAAACAAUGCCAGUAAUUAAUAACACUUGGGGAGUCAUUUUAGAAUCUAGGUAUAAAAUUUAAAUUCUGUGAAAUACCCCCAAAGUCAGGGAAAAGAGAUCUUUUAAAUGCAAUUUUCAAUUUUUAUAAAGACAUUUUUGUAUGUUAUUGUACAGUAUUUAUUUGCUUUUAUUUGCCUUAGUGCUGUCUCUCCCCUUCUGCUUUUAUUUGUAAUUGCAUUUUAUGAACUUAUUUUAAAUGACUUUUCAGUGUUUAUCAUAAUUUUCAGUUUCAUGGCUAACUUUAAAAGCAGCUUUUCACUAAGUUUGUUCUAGGAGAAAUGACUCGUAUAAUUUCCAGUUACAUCGUUCUUCAUGGUGAGCCAAAAAAGUAUAUGCUGCACUUGUCAAAUGCUAUGUCCUUUUGAUUUGAAUAUAGUUAUCUAAAAGCUGAGACCAGUUGUAAAUGUCACCAGUUCGAUAGCUCAUUUUCAGUGAUCUGUGUUUUAAGUUCUGUAACAUUUGCAAAGCACCAGGUGUGAAAACAGAAAGCAGGAUCAAAGCAGAGAAGCAGUGAUCUAUGAAAAGACAAAUAGUUGUUUAUUGAAAUAAAACUGAUAUAAUUAAACUUAUUUUAAGUACUAUUAAAUGUUCAAGUUUUAUGCUUUCUUCUAAAAAAAUUUAAAGUAAUAGCUUACAGAGUUCUUCUCUGUCUCCUGCUCAAGAUUAUACUGUUUUUACUGAAAAGAUUUAUUUUUUUUAUUUUUCAGUUACUAGUAAUACUAAUUCUUCAUUCACACCCUCUUUAAUAUAACAUAGAAACAAACACAAAGGCUUUAACUGCAAAAAAGUGAAAACCUCUGUUUUUUACUGCCCCCAAUUUGAAUCAACCUUUUUGAAAAUUACAUGAGAUUAAGUCAUUGGAUUUCUGUAGUGCCAUGUGUGAAUAAACUAAGAAUUCCUUUCUUCAGAGCCAGCGUUAGACCUCAAAGCUAUGCUUUUCACCUCCUUUUUAUAGGGUACUGAAAAGGUUUAUUAGAAAAUUCGCAGAUUAGGUGGGUCUUAAAAUAUACGUACUAAAACUGUAUACUUUAGGAAGUACAUACCACUUACCCAGUACUUUCAUAAAAGCAGAAUAGGCUUUAGUGACAUUAAAUUAAUUUUCUGUUAUUUUCAAGGAGGUAUAUUUCCCAUUUGGGAAAUUAAAGUCCCUACACAAAUUAUAUGUUUUUACCCCCCUUGGUCGACAAAGGUAUUUAUUGUCUAAAAACAAUCUAGCAGUAAGUAACAAAGGAAGAAAUUACUGAAUGAGAGAAUAAUGAGAGUGUGAAUCAUAGCAGGAAUCUGAAAUAUUAAUUGUGGUUAGACAUUUUCUCUCAUUGAUUUUCGUGCCACAUGAACGGAACAGAAAUAUUCUUUUUGUUUUGGAAGGUCUGGGGUGAAACUCACUGCCUUCUGUUGCAGAAUGUGCCUGGGACUCUUUUCAACACUAGAGGGGGCCUUAGAUUUAAAAAAACGGAAAGGAUUUUCUAAAAUGGAGAUGUGUUUUGCUUCUGUAAAGUGACUUUUUGGCUAUGUGAAUUAACAAAUAAAAUCAUAACUGUCUGCA